UUUUUGAAGCUAGAGAUGAUGAAAGUGCCAGCCUUUCCAGAGUGGUCAUCUGCACUUAACGGUAACUGCGAAGAUCAAUGCUUGAAAAACUGUUCAUGUGUGGCUUAUGCAUAUGACGCUGGCAUUGGUUGUAUGCUGUGGAGCGGGGAUUUAAUUGACAUCCAGAAAUACUCCAGAAGUGGAGUGGAUCUUUACAUUCGUAUGGCAUCUUCAGAACUUGAUAAAAAGAAAGACAUAAGUGCAGUUAUCAUUAUUGUAGCAGUGAUCGGGGUUGUAAUCAUCUUUACAAUCUCUACAUUUUUCUUAUGGAGCCGGAUGGCUAAAUAUAGAGGCAGGAAACAGAAAAUCAAAGAGAAGCUGCUAUUCAACAUCGGAAAAGCCGUGGACAAAUUUUCUAUUGAUGACGUGGUUGGAGAAAAUUUAAUUGAAGUCAAACUCCAGCAGCUACCGCUAUUCAAUUUUGAGGAACUAGCAACUGCAACAAACGACUUUCAUGUCACAAAAAUGUUGGGAGAGGGUGGUUUCGGUCCAGUAUACAGAGGAACAUUACAAGAUGGAAAGGAAAUAGCAGUGAAGAGAUUGUCAAGAGCCUCUGGCCAGGGAUUAGAAGAAUUUAUGAAUGAGGUGGUGGUGAUUUCUAAACUCCAACAUCGAAAUCUUGUUAGAUUACUUGGCUGCCGUGUUGAAGGAGAAGAGAACAUGCUAGUCUAUGAGUAUAUGCCCAACAAAAGCUUGGAUGCUUUUCUCUUCGAUCCAAUCAAACAAGAAGUCUUGGAUUGGAAUAAACGCUUCAAUAUUAUUGAAGGAAUUAGCCGGGGUUUACUUUAUCUUCAUAGAGAUUCAAGAUUGAGGAUUAUACAUAGAGAUCUAAAAACGAGUAAUAUUUUACUGGAUCAAGAGUUAAAUCCAAAAAUUUCAGAUUUUGGGAUAGCAAGGAUUUUUGGAGGGAAUGAAAAUCAAGCCAAAACUAAAAGGGUGAUGGGAACUUAUGGUUAUAUGUCUCCCGAGUAUGCAAUGCAAGGACAAUUUUCAGAGAAAUCCGAUGUAUUCAGCUUUGGAGUUAUAUUGCUAGAGAUUGUUAGCAGAAGAAAAAACACAAGCUUUUACGACAAUCAGCAUUCUUUUAGCCUUUUGGGAUAUGCAUGGAAAUUGUGGAAGGAGGACAACAUUUUAGGUUUAGUAGACAUGGAGGCUUCUGACCCGAGCUAUGAUGAGAAAGAAAUUUUGAGAUGCAUACAUGUGGGAUUGUUAUGCGUUCAAGAAUUUGCUAAAGAUAGGCCUACAAUGUCAAGAGUAGUUUCAAUGCUUAACAGUGAGAUUGUGGAUCUUCCUCCUCCAAAACAACCUGCUUUCACUGAAAGACAAAUUAACCAAGAUGCUGACUCCUUCCCAAAUAAUGAAGAUAGAUUUUCGGUGAAUGAUGUAACUCUUACAGACUUUGAUGGCCGAUAAGAAGAUAGGCUUAAAAUAAUGAGAGAUUUCAUAUAAACAAUUGCAUGUAAGUGAUAGGCUAAAGCUUGGCUCAAUUAAAAAACUCAAACCUCAAGCUGAGGCGAGCAGUUUUUUUUUUUUUUUAACAUAUGUGAGCUCCACUUGAAUAACAAUCUAACUAUUUAAACUCAAUUUGAUUAGACUGAUUAACAUCAAUUAAAGUAAAAUGUGAAUAUAUUUAUUUUAUAUGUACUGCCACAAAACCAGGACAGCAAUUUGACCAAAUAGUAUACCUAUUUACAAAGUCAACGAACAAUGCAUCCUGGACAAG